UUUUAAUCGUUUAGUAAAAAUGUAGGAAUCUAGUAAAAAGUUUAAAAUAAAGUAAGUACCACCCGGAAAAAAUUCGGAACAUCUUUACAAACCGAAAAAGUGUUUUUGGAUGGACAAAAAAACAUCUUGGUAAAAUUAAUAUAUUAGUUACUCUCUAGUCUUCACUCAGUUCUUUAUAACGUAUUUUUUUUUAUUACAUAAAUAUAUUCUAAAAAAUAUAUAUUCUCGUAAUAAUUAUCACCGCAUACUGUUCGGUAAAUAUAUUUGUAUGUCGUUUGUAUUGUAGACUGUAGUAGUUUGGUAGGUAAAUAUUUAGACGAAUCCGAUAUGAUAUCCGAUUAUUAGAACUUAACUAUCUAUCAAUUUGCAAAUGUUGAGAUGUUACGUAAAUGUUAAAAUGUAAUGACAAACAAAAGACGGAACACCGAACAUUAUUUAUUUAUUUACCGAAUAUUGACUCAUUUCUUUUGGUAUUUAUAAACCGAAUACAUUUUUUCCUAAUCGAGCGGUUUUCUUUUUUUUUUUUACGGUAUAGUAAUUUGUAUUUAUUAUCAACAUAUGAUCUGCAUAAAAUAUUAUUUACAAAUUACCUAGGUAUCUACUGGUACUAUCGUAUUUCAUAAUUAUUGUUACCCGCAUAAUACGGGUAGUUUCUGGUACAUAUUCAUAUAUCAUAAUACGGGAUGAGUUUUUUUUGUUUAAAAUAAAACAAAAUCAGUAUCAUAUAGUGGCGUACCCAUCUGGUAAGUACUUAUUAUUAAACCGGUUUUGUAAAAAAUUAUUCGCUUCUAAUAUUACUAUGGGUAGUAAUAUAUAUAUAUAUAUUUUUUUUCUAGAUUCUGAGCGUAUGGCGAGGAAUGCUGGAACUGGUGAUUGUACUAUAAUAUAUGAUGUGUAAUUGUAUAAAGUUUUAUUCGUUUUAGAUUCGGAGCGUAACGAUUCUAUUUUACAACAAUAUUUAUUUAUUAUUAUUUUUAUCUGUAAAUAACUUUUCUAUCAGGAAUUUUGCUCCGAUUUUCAAGCGUAGUACUUUUUCCGAAAGGAAAGUUUUACUGAAUGAUACUUUAGGGAGGUCAUUUUUUGAUUUUCCAAGUAAUUUUCAUAAUAAUUGUAAAAACGGGAAUAUUUACGUACAUAUAUAAAAGAAACUUCGCUCCGAAAAGUUUUUCGUAAGUACUGAUUAGUUGUGUACAGAUAUAAACUAAAUUUCUCAUCAUAGAUAUCGUAUUUUUUCAACUUUUCACAGUGACCCACCCAUCAUAUGUGAAGAAUGUCCGUCUUUUUUUUAAAUUUUUGUGUUAGACGUUUCUAAGCAAGUUUUCAACCAGAAAUCGUACUCCAAUCAAAAAUUGUAUACACAUUUUCUGAUAGAAAAUGUAUUUAUAAUUUAUUCGAUGAAAAGCCAUUUUUUUGAUUUUCCUUGAAGUUUUCUUAAUAAUCGGGAAAAACGAUAGAUAAACGAGAUAUUUACGUAAUAAUGGUUACUGUUAAUUUCGAUUUUGUUUUUUUUUCGCUUUUCACGUGAGCCGUAAAUUGUAGUUUUUUUUUUUUAAAUAGUAGUCAGCGUUUUAAGAUAUACUUCUGUAACAACAAUAUAAUAAAAAUAUGUUAUAGGUGUAAUAUUAUAGGAAAAAUUUCGGUACCUGCGUGCUGAUUUUGCCAACCCGCACAUAUUUCGCUCCCAGCCAACAUAAUAUAUUUUAACCACCCCUCCAAACACAUUAUUCUUCAACGUGUAAAAUAUUUAACUAUCUAUAUAUUUUAUAUUUUCAGACUGCAGUGGUGUUUUAGUUAGUGGUUCAAUAUCAAAAUGCACUUAUAAUCUAAAUAUAGGUACAUAUUGUGAUAUAAAUUAUAUAAUUUUUUUUUUUAUUUGUGUAGGUUCAAUUAUUCUGUAAUAAGUAAAUGCCAAUAUAAAUUUACCGCCCCCUUAAUAGAAAACCCAUAGAAAAAAAAUUCCCGCUCCGGGCAACAACAGGUAGUUAUUACACCUUAUCCCCUCUUCUCCCUCUUCCCCUCCACUCAAAUACGACCAGGACGAAUACAUACAUACACGACACGAACGUAUAACGUAUAUAGAAAAUAAUAUAUAUGUAUAUAAUAUAUUAGAUGUGCGUACGACACACGUAUAUAUACACGAGUCGACUGCCGUCGCCGACAAAAACCAAAGGUAAAUCUUAUUUCGUGUUUCGCUCUCGGGAAGGGAGACUCGCGUUUGGUUGUUUUUUUUUUUUACUAUACGCUCAAGACGAAACGUAUUUUCUUUUUUCAGUGUUAUACGGGCGAUACAACCUACCAGAGAUCCGGUGUAUUUAUAUUACUAUUAUAAAUUAAUAUUACUAAAAAUCUAUACAUGCACAGCAUCGCACACCGCACAACGUUCUGAUGAUUUCUUUUAUGCCCGUCGACGUGCACAAUCGUCGUCGUCGUCGUAGCGGUCCGAACCGUCCGUUUUGAAAAUUGUAUAAUACACGUAUACCAGUGCACGCUACAUCGUAUAGUAUUAUUAUUAUACAUACAAUCAAAUAAAGUACGGUAAGUGUACUGAUAAUUUUUUUAAAUUAUUAAUUAUAAUAUAUCAAUAUAUUAUAAAUAUUAUUUUUAUCGAUGGUGGGCAUUAUUAUUAUCUAUUAGUUGACAAAUUAAAAUUAACUUGGAAAGUAAAUUGUUUAGUUUAGACAUCAUACGAGCAGUUUGGGAGGCUAACUCCCAAAAUGUAUCCAAAUCCCCCCUAAAACUAUAAAAAAAAAAAAUAAACGAAUUAUUAUUCUAGCCCCCUCAAUUGACCAUUGGCCCAGAAAUUAGAAUGACCUUUAAUACGUUUUAUCUGUGGCAAUGAAAUUGGUUUACAGGUACAAUACAAGUCAUAAUCUUUUCUUUUUUGUUGCUCAUCACUAAAAUAGCCCUUUCCCUAAAAUUCAAUCAAAUCUCCGCCUAUACCAGACAUCCGGUUAAUAGUUGACGAGUUGAAAAACUAAUGAUUUCUCUUAUCUUCAAAUGAUUUUAAUUGGCUUUUCUUAGUAUUACAAUAUUAUAAUAACAGUAUUUAAAAUUAUUAACUGUGAUAUAUUUUGAUUCAGUUUAUUUCAAUAUAAAUGCAAAAAAUAUAAUAUAAAUAUUGUGAAUUUUUAAUUUUUUUUAAGCGAGUAAAAUAAUUUUUGCAUUUGAAAUUUUAACUAAAGACUUUAUUAAAAUUUAACUUUAUUGAAUAAAUGAUUAUACAUUAACUUACCCACUUUUGAACUCCUUAACCCCCUCCCUCCGACUCGGCUCCGUUGUACACCUAUUUAUAUUAGAUACAGGUAUAAUAGGUAUUAUUAUGAUUUCACGUAUUAUUGUUGGAUUACUGUUUUUCUUUGUUUAAAUAAACUUCAAUAAUUUUAUAGAUCGACAUGGAUAUCGUAAUACGUCUCGCUUUAGAGACGUGUUACGAUUUUUUUUCUAUUUAUUGGAUUGCGUUUGAUGAUUUCGUAUUAGAAACGUGAAAAUCGCAUAUAGAUAUUUAAUUAAUACUCCAGCUAUUUGUUCAGUUAUAUAUUAUACAUGCAAUUAGUAUUUAUUAUUCAUUAUAUAUUAUAGCAUAUUGUAUACACCUAUAAUAAAUAUACAUUCAUUUACAUAAUUAAUCAAAACAAGUUAUUUAUAUAGGUACGUGUAUUAAUAGUACGACGCAUAUAUAUUGUGUAUACAUAAUAUGCAUAGAAAUUAACAUUUUAUUUUUCUACUAUAUACCUACUUAUAUUAAUGUACCUAAUUAACUUGUACUAAGCAUAGGUAUAAUAAUAUAACUGGAGAAAAGUUAAAGAAUUUAUUUUUAUGAUAUUUGACCAGUGAUAAUAAUACGCUGUACAAUAAUUUAGCGACCAGAUUUUUUUUUUCUGUUUAAAGAUUUUUCAUCAUCUUUGUCUCUGAAAUCUGCACAUUCUUUGCAUCGCGUUUGACGCGCUAUAAUAAUAACACGGGUGAAGGUUACGAUACAAGCCAAAAUACAAAUUAUUAAUAAUAAACAACGGUCGCAAAUUCGCAAUAAUUAUUCGUACGCGUGUUAUUAAUAAAAUAAGAUGCAGUUAACAAACGAUAGAUAAUUUCGUUUAUGUAGUAACCGCCGAAUGAACGAUACUACAUUCUAUUUUUGAAAAAUGUAUUCGUUCGUAUCAAUUUAUGUCCAAAUAAUAUUAUAAAAAAAAAAAAAAAUGAUUUUAUCAAAUUAUUAAAUAAUACUUAUAUAAUUAUAUAUAAAUAUUAUAUCUGUAUAAUUUGCGUACAAACAGACACACAUUUUUAACAAAGUUUCAUUUUUAUUUAUAAACAUAUUUAUUUGUUUAGUAACAAUAAUUUUUUGCGCACCGAGAAACUAAAGUACAUAUUAAUAAUUUUUACAAUUUAUAAUAUAGACUGAUAUAGUGAAACAUUUGGCUGAAAACCAUAGGUAGGUAUGCUUCAUAUGAAUAAACAAUAACUUUUGUUAAUCUUUGGACUUAUUAUAAUGUUAUGUUAUAAGAAAAAUAAAUACAAUUUAGUAACAAAUUACAAGGUACAAAUUAUUUUAUAGAUUUGGAGCAAAACACUGAAGUUAUUAGUUUUAUUAAAUACCAGUAUUAAAACAGCCUACUUAUAUAUUAUAACUGGUAGGCACCUAUCUUAAUUUUGAGUAUAUAUUUAAAUAUUUUAUUUUAUUUUUGAAGUAAAUUAAAGUAGGUUUUACCUAAUAGAUAAAAGUUAUAAAUGUAUAAAAUCUAGCUAGAGCUAUGUUAGAGGGGGGUAAUUUGCCCCGGGGCACCAAACCUUUUUUAUAAUCGUAUAGGGCACCCGGUUCAAUAUAAAACUCGAAAUAAAAUUUACAAUGUCGCCUAUAUUUAAUAACAAUAACCUGUCACUUGUUAUUUGUUUUAUUUUCAAAUUAUAUACUUAAACAACGAUUAUUGUUUGGAAAUGAAAAGAACAUAAGUACAAUCUAUAGUGGCGGUUUUGAACUUUUUCCAGGGGGGAUGGGGGUAUUUAGAAAUUAACUUACAAUAUAUUUAACAUAAAAAAAAUAUUUACCCAAUAUGUAUUAAUUUAUUUUAACUAACUUACAUACCUACCUAUUAUAUUUUACUUAUCUAUAUGAAUGUAAGUACCUAUGUUUUAUUCAACAACAAAGUAUAAGAUUAAUUUAAAAAUUAUAACACAAAAUCUACGUUUCGUAGACUAAAUUCGGAAUCUGGGGGAUUCAGGCUUCUUGGACCUCUUCCCCAUAAAACCUCCACUGGUAACGAAAUAUGUGUAAGUACUUAGAAAAAAAAUUAGCAAUAGGUACAAAACAAUUCUAUUUAAUACAAAAAAUCAGGUAUGAACCUUUCAAAUCAUCCCUAAGUAAGACAAUAAGAAGGGACAUUUAAAAAUUAAUGACCCUGGGCUUUGUUAACAUUCAAAUUAAUCUGGAUAAUAAAUUGAUUUUUACCUUUUAUCCAUUUAUUUAAAUGAAUAGAUAAUGUAAAUUUGUAAUAAUUGAUGACAUAAGUUAGGUAGUAGGUAUCUAAUAUAAUAUUAAUCGAUCUUAAUUGUUAAAAAUAUUGAAAGAUUAAUAUUAUAGCAUUAAUUUUUCUUGGGUUACCACAUCCGACUUACGUACUUAAAAAAAAUCUUUGAUAACAAUAUUUUUAUUAUUACAUAAUAUUUCGGCAUAAUAUAAACAAAAACAAAUGACUAAUCUCAGACAUAAGAUUACAUAUUAUAUAUUAUUAGAAAAAAACCGUUAAGUAUCUCACUUUACUUAAAAUUUAACAACUAAACAAUACCAUAACCUUAACCGUAUUUUGAUAAUAAUUUAAUAUUAUGAAAGUGUUUUUUUUAUUUAUUCAUAUUUCAUACAUAAUUACUAUUUAUUGUAAGUCCACAGGAUGGUUUUAACUUAUAAGGUUGCAUCCGAAUUGGAACCCUAGUAGUUUUUAUAAGUGGUAGUACACUAGUUGGGUCCCAAUGAAUUUUGGGUACUAUCAUGAUUAAAGAUAUACUGGUUUCACAGUGAGGCACAAAACGAGACCCCGAAGUGUCUUUUACAUUUAACUGAUAAGAAAUGUCUCACGACGAGCUCUAUAGCAACUGUAAAAUGCAGAACUAAUGCAAUGACGGUAAAUAGUAAUAAUCACGAACCCCUAAGAUAUCUUAGUUCGUUAUGAUUGAAGACAUUUCGGGAAUCAAAUUUUGUUUUAUAAUCAUAGCUCGUUGUGUAACCGGGAUAUUAUCUUUAAUCUUUUUUUAGUUCAGUCCCAGUUUCAGUAGAUAAUAAACUAGCUGGGUACGAACGUUCAAAAGUAAUAGAAAACAUUUUCCUUCUUAUUUUGAUAAACUUCUAUUUGGCCAAUCCCUUCGUUUUUUUUAAACUUCUAAUUUUUGGUAAGUAUCUAUUUGAGUAAUUUUUAAAACUUUUAUAAACUGGUAAAUAUUAGAAUGAUUACUUACUGCGUUUGGUUAAGUUAGAUAACCUAAACAUACGUUUUACUUUCUAAACUUCCAAACUACGUACGAAAACCCACGACACAACUAUUAUAUUACCCUGAUAAAUUCGAGACCAAACUAGUGUAUAUUUUUAGUCACAGGACCCAACUCGUAUGCGUUGUUUUUAGUUUAACAGUAAUUAAUCGGUCAUAUUGAAAAAAAAUUGUAUUUGUAAUUUAUUUAUUUCACUUAUUAACUUUGAUUGUGUCAGCAUACAAAGCACUUUUACGGUGUUACAAUAUUAGUUUAAAAAAAAGAUUAUAGGAUGUUAUAUAGUUUCGGUUAGGUAUAUAAAGAUAAGUAGGCGUGGUUUUAGUUUAGGACUGAGUCUUUUUCCUAAUUUUGUAGAGGAGAGCUUCUUCAAUUUUGUUGGGCUUGUUAAUUGUUAUGAACAUUUCCAAGUCAAUAGGUACCUAUUUGGAAGGUAAUUCCGUGUCGUGAAGUUGUUUAUGUUUCACAUAAGUAUUUAUAAAUUUUAUAAAAAUGAAAAUAAAUACAAACGUUAAAUCUCUCUUUUCAUAUAAAAUUACUAGAAUACCUAUUUAAUUUCAUUAAAACAUAAUAUUAUGAACAACAAAUAAUUUAUACAAUUGUAUUGUCAAUCUAUAUUGGGUAGUUGUAAUUUUAAAAGAUUUUAUAGGCGUAUAAUAUAGCCACUUAGUAAUAAUAUAUCAAUUCAAGUAUUUUUUAAUACAUUUAAGGAGUGUACGUGUCUAUGUAUUAUAUUAUUAAUAUUAUUAUUAUUGAAGUACGUUAUAAAGAAUACAAUAAAUCUUUAUAUGGUCACGGAUUAUGCCAAGUAUUUUAUACUAUUUAAACCAAUCAGGCCGCUAUUAUUAACCAAUUGGCAAUUACUAUAUAAAACGGAAACAUUUUUAAGUAUUAUAAUUAUAUAGUACUUAUAAAUAUGAAGGUACCUACCAAUUUAAAUUCUGUAGUGUCAAUUUUUAAAUGUUUAGACGUUUGUUAUUAUUCGGUUUUAUUUAUUAGAUUAAAAGAUCGGUCAGGGUGAGAUUUGAUAGCAUUGACUCAUAUGCAUAACAAAGAAAAGAGAAAAAUAUCACGUGCUGUUAAUAAUAAUACUCUAAAAUGAUAGACUUUGGAACGAUAUUUAAUACACCUAUUAGGUCAAUGUUAUAAAAUAUUAUCAUAUUACGCAAUUUAUUUAGAGGGAAAUAUUUUUUUUGUAAUCAUACGGAGUUAACACUUAUCUUAACACUUAUACCUACAUUUAGUUUCCAUUGUAUAUUAUGUUAUAAUUGCAAAAAUCGCCUUGGACUUGUAAUUUUUUUUUAACUGAUUUUUCUUUUUCAUAACUAUCAGCUUUUAAAUUGAAUAUUAUUUUUGAAAUAUAUAAUGUACAUAAAUACCCAAUGAAUUGUUGAUAUUAUGUUUAAAAACAAAAUUUUGUUGAAAUCCUUUUAAAAAGGCAUUCAAAAAUAUGUUUGAUUAAAACAUCUUGUCUAUUAUUCAUUCUUUAUAAUUUAUAACAAUUAAAAAUAUAACCAUACAUUUGAAAUAUAAAAAAAAAAAAAAAAAACCGAGAAUUUUUGAAAACGAAUACUUUCUAAAUUAAGGAACCGUUUACUUACCAACGUAAAAUGUUACCGAAUGUUAUUUUUAUUGGAUAUGUUUACUAUCACCAAAAUGUAAUUUUCGAGAAAAACAAUAUACAAAUAAUACCACCUGUGUACUACUCAGAAUUUAAUCAAUUUAAUGAUAAACUAAUUAUGUCCCGUAAUAAUACAUGCAUAUUGUAUUUACUAUAACAUAAUAAUAUAUUCUAACAUAUACACUGUGUAACAUUAAAAUGGACUAAUUUUCAAAAAAUUCCAUUUCAGAAUUAACUUUUCAUAUCAGUUCUUUUACUACACUACUUUUAAUAUCUACAACACUAUUAUAAUUUAAAAAUAUUAUAGUUUUCACAUUAGGUAGAGAUAUCCUAACAAUUAUUAUAGCAAUGAACUCAUUAUUAGCUAAUUACGAAAUAGGUAUUUGUUAGAUUAUGGAUAUGUGAACUUUUACAAAUUAUUUUAACUUUAAAUACAAUAAUUCUUAAAAUAACUAUAAAUAUAACGAUUUAUAAUGUGUACAAUUAUUGCAGUUAAUGAUAAAGAAGAUGAAUCCAUUGAUGUCCAUUCAAUUAUUGAUUUAUACUGUGAUAUUCUUAUUGACGUGUUGUAGAGGUGAAAAUGAAAUAACAAAUAUAGAAGGUGAAUUAUCAUAUUUGUUUAACUCUUAAUUGUUUAGUGUUUCUUAUUCGAAAUUAAUGUUAUAACGGUUCUUAUACAAUAUGAUAUAUAAUUAUCAUGAUCACAGAUACAGAUUCGUCAAAACAGUUCCUAAGUCUUAGAAAAGAAGAUCUAGAAAAUGCGAUUCAAUAUGGUGCGCAACAAAUUAGCAUGCUCUCUCGCCACGAAGAUUCACUGUCGUAUGCCAAUAUCAACGUAAAAACCGGAAGUCCUUCUCACGGGCAGCUAAUUGAUUCUCAGCCGUCCAUGGACGGACAUGUAGCAUCUCGUAAUGCCGAAAUAGUCAUUAAAGCUUCGCAUUACAUCAUGAACAAACAUUGUUUGGGGUAUAAUAAAUAAGUCAAACAUAAUAUUGUUAACGUAAAGCAAAAACAAACUAAAAUUACAAAAUCAACCAUUAAUCGUGUUUAUAUAGCAUCGGAAUUAGCCAAAUGGACUGUGCCAAAGAAUUGGCAAAAGUAAAAUUGGACCAUACUUCUUUGGGUAAAACGUGUUUAUCCAAGUAUCAAAAUGAGAGCUUGUGUGAAGGAAUGAAUUUAAAAUAUCGCAGUGCAGACGGUUCUUGUAAUAAUUUAAAACAUUCCUUUUGGGGAAAAGCGAAUACGGCUUACAAACGUUUAUUAUUUCCGGCGUACAAAGACGGUAAACAUGAAUAAUAAUAAUAUAAUCUUUUGUAGGUAUACCUACUAAGUACAUUUUUUUCCAUUUAUGCAGGUUUGAGUUCGAUUAGAGAACUACCGAAUUCCAGAGAACUGAGCACCGGUCUGGUAAACGACGAAAACUCGCCGGAUAGUACGAAAACCAUCGCGAUGGCGUUUUGGACGAUUUUCAUAGGACACGAUCUGUCUCAUACGGCGGUUUCUAGCAUGCGUAAAUACUAAAUACACAAUAUAAUAAUAUAUGCCGAGUAAUAGGUAGUUUUGAUAACAAAUUCUAAUAUGCUCCUGUAAAAUUUACAGUGAAAACCAACAAGUCGGUAGACUGUUGUAACGAACACGGAAUGAAACAAUCACCCAGGCACACGCACUCGUCGUGCGCGCCCAUAAUAAUAUCUAAAGAAGACAGGUUUUUCUCGCCAUUGCGUCGUACGUGUAUGAACUACGUACGCUCGAUGCCGGCUAUGCGAACAGACUGUACAUUUGGACCCAGAGAACAAGUAAAUAAUAAUAUAGCGACUGGUGUAAACUUUUUUUACAUCGAUUACCUAUUUACUGCACUUAUAAAAUGAUCGCAUUUUUAAUAUCUGGUUCGUUUCAUAUUAUAUAGUUGAAUCAAGCCACUCACUAUUUAGACGCAUCAAUGGUGUACGGUUCGUCGGGAAAACAAAUGUUAUCCUUGAGGAAAAAAUCACGAGGUCUACUGCUGACGUACACUAGCGACGAACACAUGGAUUAUAUGCCGCUGACCAACGGUUCGAGCGCGUGCCAGUCUGGGGCUACGUGUUAUAAGGCCGGUGACAUUCGGGUCAACGCACAACCACACUUGACGGCCAUGCACACCCUAUGGAUGAGGGAACACAAUAGGGUCGCCAAUCAGCUGGCUAUCAUCAAUCCCCACUGGGACGACGAGCGGGCUUUUCAAGAAACGAAAAAAAUUAUAACGGCCUCGAUCCAACACAUAACGUACAACGAAUGGUUACCAACAUUACUGGGCAAAAAAUACACCAAAAAAAAUGAAUUGGAAUUAUCUAUGAAAGGGUACAGUAACCUAUACAACGAAACUGUAGACCCGACGGUCAGCAACAGUUUUGCUACUGCAAUUCUGCCAUUUGCUAAUUCAAUGUUCAACGAGACCCUGAGGUUUGUGCAGAAGAUUCUAUUUAGAAUAUGCGUAUAAAAAUACUAUUUUAAUUUCUGAGGGUAUUCUUUAGCUUAUAUUCUGAAAACCGAGUGACCAAUAAGAGUUUAUCGCUAAAGGAACAUUAUAAUCGGCCAUCCGAUUUACAAAUGAAUUACAUGGACCAUCUCGUAAGAGGACUCUCAAUGCAAAAUACACAAAAAAUUGAUAUGUUGUUUACUAAAACAGUGAGUUGGUUAAAAUAAAAUAUUUUUAACAAUUUUAUCAUAAUAUUAAAUUAUAGGUACUAUAUUUUAGGGAUGAGUUGAAACGUAAAUCGAUAUUUUCAGAAAAAAAUGUCUAGAAUAUGAAGACAGUAUUAAAAAAGAUACGGACAUACUUCGCACGAUAGGUGGGCCACUGUUAUAGGUGAUAAGUAAAGAAAGUAGGAUAUAGAGGGGAAUUUAAUAUAUAGCUGUAUGAUACGAUUAAUCUUAGCUAAUAAAAAACGAUUCUAAGCGAAAUUAGAUUAUACAUAUUAUGAAAGGCCAUAACAUUUACGAUUUUCAUCAAAAUUUGAUACUCAAAUUCUUAUAAAAAAGUCUACAUUGCACAUAUUUUUUUUUAUUUGAUCACAAAGUGCGACUUUACUGAACUUCCUGUUAAAUUUUCAAGCAUUUUUGUUUGGUCUAACAAUUUUAUCCACUGAGUACCUACCGAAUAAAUAUUAAGUAUGCUACGUAAAAAACUCACAAUAUUAAAAUGUCUAUAAAUAGCUCAAAAAUGGGUAAAAUGUUUUGAAAAUAUUACCACGUCAUAUAUAACGUUUUGUCCAAAUUUCAAGUCUCUACGAAUAUUUUAAACUGAGUCACAACAAAAUUGAAAAUAAUAUAAUUCGUAAAUUGUUCAGGUUUUUUCCAAUUAUGAAAACUGCUUGGAAAAUCAAAAAAUUAUAUAUUUUUAAUACAACUCGGAUAACAAUUCCUUUCAAAAAGGGUGCUCUUGAAAAUCGGAGCAAAAUUUCUGACAGAAAAGUUGUAAAACCAAUACAUUCUUCACUUCACUCAGAAUCUAAAAAUCGGGGUUUCAAUCAAUAUGUUGGUUAAUUUCGAUAUUAACUUAUAAUUUUCAAUUUCAAACAUCAAAUAUCAGUAGCAUAUUUCAGAAAAUCGGACACCAGUAAAAUGUGGUAUUGGCCCAUCCCUACUAUAUGUAUUUAUACUUAUUAUUUACUGUCAUUUAAAGUACAUUUUGAUUUUUGGUUUUUAUUUAAUAUCUUAAUUUCCUUUAUUGAUUUGUAUAGAUUACAGAUUACUUGUACAGUCAUUCAGAUAAUAAUACAUUCGGAAUGGACAUUGUCAGUUUAGAUAUACAACGUAGCCGUGAUCAUGGAAUUCCCAGCUACACACAAUUUAGAAAAUACUGUGGAUUAAAAGACAUACACAGUAUUCAAGAUUUAGCUCAAAUCAUGGUUAAAGGAGUAAGUUUAAAAAUAUAAAAUAAUACAAUAAUGUAAUACAUACAACUUAUAGUUAUUUUUUGUUUAUUAUGUUUUUAGUCAACUAACAAAUUAUUAAAGCAAUACAAAACAUGGGAUGAUAUAGAUCUCUUAAUAGGUGCACUAUUUGAGAAACAUUCAGAGGAUGCAAUGGUGGGACCAACAAUGAGAUGUAUCAUUAGAGAGCAAUUUAUUAGAACUAGACUAGCAGAUAGAUAUUUUUAUGAUUUGCCGAAAAUCUUUAAAAAACGUUAGUAUAGCAUAUUAAUUAUUUACAUUAAAUCCAUAUACUUUUAAUUUGUUUAUUAUGAAUUGUAUUAAUUUAAAAUGUUUAAUGUAAUAUGUAACAUAGAUCAACUGGCAGAAAUCAGAAAGGUAACACUUGCCAGAGUAUUCUGUGAUAACAGUGAUAGUGUUACAAAGAUGCAGCAACGAGUUUUCUUUAAACCUAUAUCUGACGAUGAUUUGCUACCUUGCAGUUCACAAUUAAUUCCAAAAAUCAAUCUCAAACAUUGGACGGAUAAUGUUGAUACAAAUCAAAAAUAAUAUGAAUAUAUAAUAUAAUUGGAUAUAAGGUCACUAACACGGAUGACUAUUAUCUAGCUCACAAUUGAAUUGUAUGAUCACUGCUAAAUUAUUAUUAUUAUUAUUAUUUCAAUUGUUAGUAUUAUAACUAACAGUUAAAAUCACCUAUGAAGAUGGCCUACAUAUAGGCUUUUAUGAUUAUAACUAUAAGUUAAAUAUACUACCUAUACAAUUUAAAUAACCAAGUCCUUAAAAUAUUAUAGACAAAUUAGAUUUUAAUAUGUUGAGUAAGUUAAAACUAUAAACAUUUAUAAUUUGUAUUUUAUAAGUAUUAUUUUGCGUUUUCAAGUUGUACUUGAAUAAAAAUAAAACUAUAUGGAUUGUUAUCCAAAUUUCCUAUUACACCACUGUAACUUAUUAAUAAAAACAUAAUAUAUUAUUAGGUAUCACCUAGUGAACAUUUAUUUUCAUUUGUCAUGUUUAUUAUCAUAUUACCUUCACUUACAUUUUGACAUAGCUAAGAAAAAUAAUCUAGAUAUUAAAUAAUUUUUUUUAAUUUGGGUUAACAUUGUUAUGGGUAAAACAUAAAAAGCAUAAAAGUGUGCACAUUUUUGUAAUAAGGGAAUUAUUAUUUUAAAAUUGUUCACUAUUCAAUCGAAAAUUGUCUUUUUUUUUUUAAACAUCUGUGGUAAAUUAUUGUUUCCAAUAAGUAAUUUAAAAAAUUAUAUAGUUAAUAAAUAUUGGUUAAAUAAUUAUUUCAAUACAUAGUCUAGUGCCGUAAUAAGAGGUUAGCAAAAUGAGCGGUUGCCAAGGGCGCAGAAAAAUAAGAGGGCACAUUUGAGUUAAAUUAAAAAUUGGGUUUUUUGUAAAAAAGUUAUUUUUCUCAUAAAUUAUUUCAAGUUUUAUUAAAAUCAAGCGUUAAUGUGUAAUGUACAAAAAUUACAUAUGUUCAAUGUUGUAUUAAAGAAAGUUUUAUUGAUUUCAUUGCAUCCAAGGAAAAACUGGUCAUGGACUAGCGACCGCUAUAAUAAAUACUAUUUUGCAGCAACAAAAGCUAGAAAUUUAAAAUUUUAAUAUUAAUGACAAUGAUUUAUUGUAAUAUUGUAUUAUAUUAUUACAUUGCAUGUAAUUACGUAAAAUAAGAAAGUAACAUUGUGCUUUUUUAUUUGUUUUUAAUUUAUUGUAAUAGAGUUACAUAUUAAUAAUCUAUUAUAACUCAUGAACUUUAAUGACUCAAUUAUUUUAAAAAAUGUACAGUAUUUUGAUUAACACAUAAGAAUGUAAUAUAAUAAUAUUAUACAAAUUAUACCUAUAAAAUGAGAUAAAAAUAAAUGCCAAAAUAAAAUUUGCCAAGGGCGCCACGGAGAGUAGUUACGGCACUGACCUAGUCAAUUUAAUAAUGAAAUUAAUUUUAUAAUAUUGUCUACUAUAUAAUCUUUGUAUGAUAAAUGAUAAUAUGACACAGGAGUAUAAUAUUAAAGCCUUAAGUGCAAUAACGAACUAAGGCACACAUUUUUCAUGUUCAUGACAUUAAUAGCAACCAUUCACCAACAAAUUGAUAAACAUUGAUAGACUGAGUCACCUUUACUUAAUAUUCAUUAGAUAAUACCU